UCUAUGAAUCAUGAAACGAAUUCUUCUGGUUUUUAUCCUGGCAGCUGCUGUUAUGUAUGGUAUACUGCAUGGAAAUCUGUGGCGAAAUAACCUCUACUGGAUUAGCUUUUAUGGACAGACUUCCUCUGUGAGGGCUCCUCCUUCUUAUGAGACUAGUGGAGUUACCCAGCUGCCACCUACGGCUGUGGAGAGAAAGGACACGCUGGACACUUGUCUCCUGAAACCGGCAUUUGAAUCUUUACUGGGUGUUGACAAAAUAUACCCGUUCUUGUGCGCUAAUGAUUUUAUCAGAGUGGCGGAGUUCCGCGGGAGCGAUAAGUUCGAACUACCUUACGGAGUAAAGAGAGCAGAGCAAUUUUUUCGUUUAGCCCUUUCAAGACUGCAGAACUGUGGACUUUUCAAAGAAGAUGACAGCACUGCCUGUCGCCGGUGUGUUGUGGUCGGUAAUGGAGGAGUGCUUCGAAAUAAGACAUUAGGGGAGAAAAUUGACUCAUAUGACGUGAUAAUAAGGUAAACAACGUCUCCUUUUCAUUUUGCGUACG